AUGGCACACACUAGUGGCCACUUCCUCCGGCCUGCCCCGGCGAGAAGGGAGUGGCUGCUGUCGUUAUGGGGGGAAGCAACAAAGACCUGCUGGGGACUUUGGCGGUUGAGUUCCAGACCCCCUUCAGUGCCUUCGAUUCUUGCCAUCAUUCUCUUGCAGGGCUCAAGGCGAGAUGACACCGAGGAAGAGGCGAGUGGCAGAGUAGAGAGGGGAGGCGAUCGGCCCAGCGCGCUGCUGUCGCUGCGUGAGCGCGGAGCUGCGACGGGGAGAGGGCAGGAGAACUGA